AUGGUUAUAUUUAAACAAGAGAAGAUUUUGGUUGCAGACCUCAAACCAGAACAAACAACUACAACUAUCUACAGUACGUUGGGAGAAUUGGAAAACAACAACUCAGCACAUCAAGAACUAGCUGGACAACAAUCAUAUGCGAA